GCAGGCCUUGGCCUGCCUCCCGGGUUUGCAGUGGUGAUUUAUUUUUGGUACGUCAGCCUCUGGUCAUCAAAUAGCAAAACCCAAAACAGGAGCAGCACGAUAUCUUCCAAGUGUCUGCUCAGGACACGGCUUCAGCCCUCGGUGGUCCCCUCUCCCCAGGGGCCCUGAGGCCUUUGGGAUACUUGUCAAGCUCCUUCAAGAGCCUGCAAGGACUUAACGAGUCGCCCAGAGUCCCCCCGCUGAGCAUCUGAGCAUGACCCGGGAUGAGGCACUGCCGGACUCUCAUUCCGCACAGGACUUCUAUGAGAAUUACGAGCCCAAGGAGAUACUGGGCAGGGGCGUUAGCAGUGUGGUCAGGCGCUGCAUCCACAAGCCCACGAACCAGGAAUACGCUGUGAAGGUCAUCGACGUCACCGGUGGAGGCAGCUUCAGCCCCGAGGAGGUGCGGGAGCUGCGGGAAGCCACGCUGAAGGAGGUGGACAUCCUGCGGAAGGUCUCAGGGCACCCCAACAUCAUACAGCUGAAGGACACUUAUGAGACCAACACUUUCUUCUUCUUGGUGUUUGACCUAAUGAGGAGAGGGGAGCUCUUUGACUACCUCACCGAGAAGGUCACCUUGAGUGAGAAGGAAACCAGGAAGAUCAUGCGAGCUCUGCUGGAGGUGAUCUGCACCUUGCACAAACUCAACAUUGUGCACCGGGACCUGAAGCCUGAGAACAUCCUCUUGGAUGACGACAUGAACAUCAAGCUCACUGACUUUGGCUUUUCCUGCCAGCUGGAGCCUGGAGAGAGGCUCCGAGAGGUCUGUGGGACCCCCAGUUACCUGGCCCCUGAGAUCAUCGAGUGCUCCAUGAACGACGACCAUCCAGGCUACGGGAAGGAGGUGGACAUGUGGAGCACGGGAGUCAUCAUGUACACACUGCUGGCCGGCUCCCCGCCCUUCUGGCACCGGAAGCAGAUGCUGAUGCUGAGGAUGAUCAUGAGUGGCAACUAUCAGUUUGGCUCACCCGAGUGGGAUGACUACUCGGACACCGUGAAGGACCUGGUCUCCCGCUUCCUGGUGGUGCAGCCCCAGAGCCGCUGCACAGCAGAAGAGGCCUUGGCACACCCCUUCUUCCAGCAGUACGUGGCGGAGGAAGUGCGGCACUUCAGCCCCCGGGGGAAGUUCAAGGUGCUUGCUCUGACCGUGCUGGCUGCAGUGCGGAUCUACUACCAGUACCGCCGAGUGAAGCCCGUGACCCGGGAGAUCGUCAUCCGAGACCCCUACGCCCUCCGGCCUCUGCGCCGGCUCAUCGACGCCUACGCCUUCCGAAUCUACGGCCACUGGGUGAAGAAGGGGCAGCAGCAGAACCGGGCCGCCCUCUUCGAGAACACACCCAAGGCAGUGCUCCUCUCCCUGGCUGAGGAGGACUACUGAGGGGCUGGCCAGUCAGGGAGGGCUAGAGGGCAGGCGGGGAGGGGAAGCCAGGGAAAUAAAAGUCGAAGGGGUGAGACGCACGCAGGCCUCUGCGGAAGCACUUGGCCCUCACCGGAAACCCCUGCAGUUGAGGCCAUGACCCCCUCAAAGGCUGUGCACGAGGGAAGCAGGUGUUCCCACCACACAGCAAUACCUGCAGGCUGGCCAGGCCCUGGGUGGGCAGAGAUGACAUGUGGGCUGAGACCCAGAAGCCCCCUGCUCCUCCACUUCCUAGAUGAGCCACCAUCUCAGUCUCUCUUUAGGGGAGGCGCAGAGUUACUGACACUCGGGCCCUCUUUCCUUAGGGUCCCUAGGGUGAGGAUCAAAGACAGAAAUGAGGUUGUAUUGACCCCGUGACACCUAGUGACAGUGCGGGAGCAGGCUACCCUCCAGUAGCAUGUUUUUAGAGGCAUAUGGAGAAGGGGAUCCAGGCAUGGUGGCUCACACCUGUAAUCCCAGCACUUUGGGAGGUCAAGGUGGGAGGAGUGCUUGAGGCCAGGAGUUCAAGACCAGCCUGGGCAACAUAGUGAGAUCCCAUUACUAUAAAAAGUAGCCAGGCAUGGUGGUGCACACUUGUAGUCCCAGCUACUUGGGAAGCUGAGGUGGGAGAAUUGCUUGAGCCCAGGAGUUGAAGGCUGCAGUGAGCUGUGAUCACCACCGUCCUCUGGUGUGGGCAAAGCAAGACCCUGUCUCA